CAGUCGGAAAGGGAACAAUUGCAGCAAAGAGUGAUUGGUUUGGAGAGCGAUCUCGAGAGCGCCGCAGAGGCAGGCCUUGAAGCCAAUCGUCUAUUGAAUGACUUCUUGACGUCUCAGAAGGAAAACGUGAGCUUGAAUUCAAGCGUCGAUGCAUUGCAACAACAGAUCACUCGACAGACAGAUAUUGUUUCCAAAUAUGAAUCCAAAGCUAAACAGAAAGAGACGGAAAAUAAAGAGCUUAAAGAAAGAACCGAUAAAAUGAGCGCCGAAUUGGAGAGACUUAAGAAUGUUUUGAAAGAAACAUCACUUAAUUUAGAGACCUUUCAGAAGAAUAACGAUGAGUUAAAGGCGUCGAAAAGUGAACUCAGUUUGCGUUUUACUGAAUUAGAAGAACGAUAUUCUAGUCUUCAGCUCAAAGCCGAUGAUUAUAUGGAAAGAAAUGACGAACUCUUGAAUGACUUUCAGAAAUUAAGCCAAGAGUUGGAAGAACUCAAAGAAGAGAAGAAUCACAAGGACUUAGAAAUUGAGUCUUUUAAAGAGAUUUUGUCAAAACUGAGACGACAUCCCAAAAAAGACAGCGAAACCAACGACGAGGACAAUGACAACGAAGAGGACGGCGAAGAGCGCAGCGAAGACGGCGACCAAAUGGAUAGCGCGAUGCAUGACAAGGCUUUGUCCGAUUUGUACGAUAUCGUCGAAAUGGAUCUAAAGCUUAAGAACGUGACGAUUGACAAAAACGAGUUGAGCCUAAAGCUGGAGGAAGUGUCCAAACGUUGCGAAGAACUUAACCAUAAAUUAGAGUCUUUAGAGGAGGAGAACCGAUCGAUUAAGACUGAGAGCGAGGGCGCCCUUAAGGACAGACUUAAGGCUCAAAUGGAAUUAGAAGUACUGACCAAAUACUAUAAGGAAAAGGAGGUCGAGUUGGGCAAAGAGAUUGGCGUUCAGCACAUCCAACGACAACAGAAGGAGGAGGAC